AUGACAGUGGAGUUGUACCACAGGCGUCACAGCCCUGUGCAUCUGCAGUUCCCCGUGAAGGACCGGUAUGAUAUUUGGUGCACCAUUUUUGAGCGGGCCCACUGGUUGACGGCAAGAGUGUUGACGAGUGAUUGUGUCCAUGAACGCGCAUUUGUGGAGGCAAUUCGUAGGGCCCGUGUGAUGUGCGGGUUGUCGGAUUCUUUGGAGUUUAGUGGUGUAGAAACGGCCGUACUAGAAGAUGCCAUUACGGAGCUUCUGGACGCUAGUGUUGUGGACAAGCUGCUUCUGAGUCUUUCCGGCAGCUCGUGGAAAGAUCGCAUGUCACAGCUGCGUCUUUUUCAUGAAAAAUCUGGGGGGUUGCUGAAGAAUUUUGUGUGGGGAAAGUGGCAUGCCAUUCAGGGAAGGACGUGCAGUCGCCGUGUGUUGAUUGAGGCGAAGGUGCGUGACGGCAUGGACGACAUCAACGCUUUUGAGAUGCCGCUCCGCCAGGAGGUGCACAAAUACACAAACAAUGAGACGCAGGCAUUUCUCGCGGCACAGGUGGAGAAACCGCUGAAGGAGCUCGCGGCUGCAGUGGUGCCCCAGCUGCGCGACGUGUGUGCGACGGUACCGCGGCUCUACGAGGCGUGCGUGCUGCAGGGCAAGGUGCACUACGAGCCGCGUGACGAUCACAUGUACUUGGCGUCCCAGUACAACAGCAUCGGCGAGUGCUACGAGGCGGAGAGGGAGCUGUGGCGCCUGCAGGAACCCAUCGCCGCCGCGAAGGCGCACUUCAAAGGCCGUGUGUUUGAGUGGCUAGUGGUGCAGAACACCGCCGUGCACCUGCUGCGCCGCGUCGUGGUGAAUGGCGUCUUCACGUUUGAGACGGUGUUUGAGCGCAACAAGCUGCAGCGCCCCUGGGACGACGCACUACGCGAGGUGCGCAGCCUCGUGGAGGCGGACAGCCGCACCAUGACACCACGCAUCCUCGCAGCGCUCUUGUACGAGACGGCGGUGCACUUCUUCCGCGAUGAGUACGUGCAGCCGUCGCUGACACGGCUCAAGGCGUCGAUGAUUACGCCGCUCGAGGGCCGCGUGACGGAGGAGCUGCGCCCGCUCGUGCCCAGCGUGCAGGAAAUUGUCGCGGACGUCAUGCUGGACGAUAUGCGCGAGCUGUGCCGCAGCAUCGCCGACUGCGCCGUGGCCGCUGCGUGA